AUGUAUUCACUAUAGAAAUUAGUACCAAAUAGUAAAUUACAAAUUAAGCCAGGGGCAUUCUCUUAACAUCAAAAAUUAAAUCAAAGUGUCGAUGGGGUUUUACCUGUAAAUUAAUAAUCUUUACAGCAACUUUAAACUUAAAUAUAGAUAUUGACAAAAAAAGAACCUAUUCGCUAAUAAAAUAAGAAAUAAGAGUUAUUAUAGAUUUUAGAGAAUGCCUAGGUAAACUCAAAAUAAACCAAAUCUAUGUCACCAAAACGAACACCAUAGAAAUAAAAAAGUAACAGAAAAUUGAAUUUCAAUUAAAUUACAGAUUAAGACAAUCUAUUUUUAAAUUCUAGUAAUGCUAUGGCUAAUAUGAUCAUUGAAAAUAUUCUAAAUAAAGAUGAAUAUUAUGAAAAAAUCAAAUUAGAAAAUUAAGAACUUAAAGAUUAAUCCUCUAAAUUUCAAGCUACAAUAGGGGAUCUUAAAAAGAAAAUUAUAACAUUAGAACGUUAAAACAAAGAAUUUAAUACUAAUCUAAGCAAUGAACGUUAAAACUAUUAAAAUGAACUAAUUAAAAUAAAUGAAAAAAUUCAAUCCAUGAAAACUAUGUAAUAAAACUUAUAAAUGGAAUAAAAGAAAAAUGAAUUGUUAACUAAAUAAUUGUAAGAUUAAAUCACUAUUAAUAAUGGUUUAAAAUCUUUUAUCUGUGAGAAUUGUUUGUUAAGUAUUGAAUUCUUGACAUUCUUCUAAAACUCAGUAUAAAACUUUUAACCACAAUUAAGCAAUGCAUACAAUAUUUUAGUAUCCUUAUCAAAGCAUUCAACAUCUUUUAUUUUAGAUUUCAUUUCCAAAACUCAGAAUUUGAAUUUACCUGCAUUGAGAAAUUGUAUUUUACCAGAAGAAUUUGAUGUGAAUGGAUUUUUCGAAACUUUAGAAUAACUAAAAAUGCGUGAAUCACCAGAAUUAUCCUUUCGUAAUAAAAACAAUAAUGCUGUUAGAUAAAGUAUUCAUGCUAAUAAUAAUAAUAACAAUAAUAAUAAUAGUAACAAUAAUAGUAAUAAUAAUAAUAAUAAUAAUAAUAAUAAUAUUAAUUUAUCAAUUCCAGAAAUUCCAAAAUAAAAUAAAAUAACAACUUUAUAAGAAUAAUUCAAUGCAUUUCUUGAAUCUAAUGAACCAUUUUCAGAUUCUCAAUUAGGUAGUCCUUAUUUCACAGAUUUAGAUACGCUUGAUAAAUAAAGACCAAUCAGUAAAGAAAAAUAAAGAAAUUAAAUGCCUUUGUAAAUGAAUGCUGCUAAAAGAAUCAAACCGGAAAUUAAUUAGGCUCCCCAUUAUUUUUAAUCAUUCAAAUAAAAUGACAAUGAACCAACAGUUUUUGAUUCCCUUAUGAAAGAAGCUCCCAUAAACAAAGACAGGUGUUCUUCAGUUCAUAGUCUAAGAUAUUUAGAUUAAUAAAUUUAAAAGGAAUAAGACAAAUCAACUAAAAGAAAUAAAGAAAAUUAAUAAAUUAAUUGUUAAUUUGUGAUUGCUAAAUACGACUAUAAAGCUUAGAAGGUAUUUUAAUAUAAUAUAAAUUCGAUAGGAUAUAGAUUUAAGUUUUAAGAAAGGAGAUUAAAUUAAAUUACUAAAAAAGACAACAAACGGCUGGUGGUAUGGAGAAGAUAAAAAUUAAGUUAAAGGUUACUUUCCACAUAAUUUUGUUCAAUUAGUAGGAUGA